AUGGUUUUGUCAUGUUCGGAUUUUGCAUGUACCAACAGGUGGAGCAAAGAAAGUAAAUUAAAAUAUAUUCAAUUCCAUAGAUUUUCACUCAACAAACCAGAGUUACUUCAAAAAUGGGUGAAAAUGAUCAAAAGAAAAGAUUUCAUUCCUACAAAAUACUAUUUUAUAUGCAGUGAACAUUUCAUACCUGAGGACUAUCAAAUUCGCCCUGCAGCAAGUGUGAGACUGUCUAAAGAAGACGUUUAUCCUAGAAUAUUGAAUGGUUUUCCUAAAUAUUUACAAGAAAAAAUGCCUGUAAAACGCCGUUUGCUUAACAGAAAUGAAGAAGAAAUUGAACGUGCUGGAGAAAAAUAUCUUUUAACAUUAUAUAAAGUUCCAGCCCACAUUAUAUCUUUGAAUAAACUAAGACAUGAUGUUUUUUCAAAAAACACAAGUUCAAAAUUGGGGCUGGAAAGAAUAUAA